AUGUUCCCAGGCUGUCUGGCUCUGGCCCUUCUGUCUGUGCUGGGCGCGAGUACCCAGGCCUUCCAUGACGACCUUGUCAAAUGCUUUGAAGACCCCCAGUAUGAAGAACUACUACAGCUGGCUCAAGACGGGCUGGGGUAGACAGCUGAAAAGAAACGGAUAGUGGUGAUUGGGGCAGGCAUGGCUGGACUCACAGCUGCCAAGAUUUUGCAGGAUGCUGGCCACCAGGUGACUGUUCUGGAGGCUUCAGGGCAUGUAGGUGGCAGAAUUGAGACCCAUAGAGUUCCUGGAACACAGUUGUACAUAGAGUUGGGUGCCAUGAGGAUCCCCAUCAACCACAAGCUCUGUCAUGAGUUUAUCAGGAAAUUGGGGCUGACCCUCAAGGAGUUUUUCCCCUCCAACAACCAGACCUGGGUGCUGAUCAAUGGAGUGCGGCAGCGCACGGGGAUUGUGCAGGCUGACCCCAGCCUGCUAGGGUACCCAGUCAGAGCAGAUGAGGUGGGGAAGACAGGUGACCAGCUCUUUGAUGAAGCAUUCAGAAAGCUGGUGGAGGAGCUGAAGAACAGUAGCUGCAGCCAGAUUCUGGAGAAGUAUGACUCCUUCUCCACCAAGGAGUACCUGAUCAAGGUGGGGAACCUGAGUCAUGGGGCAGUGCAGAUGAUCGGGGACCUGCUGAACACAGACUCUGGCUACUACGAGUCCUUCAUAGAAACUCUGCGUGACCUGAUCAUCUUCUCUCAGGAAUCUCCGUUCCAUGAAAUCAUCGGAGGCUUUGACCAACUCCCUCAGGCCCUUCAUGAUGCCCUCUUGCCAGGGACAGUCUUGUUUCAUUCACCAGCAGAGGAAGUAGAGAUAUCUAGAGACCGUGUCCAUGUCACAUUCAGGACAGCUGACCCUCUGCAGCCCAGGUCACGUCUGACUGCCGAUUUUGUGGUGGUGGCCAGCACUGGCAAGGCUGCCCGGCUCCUCUGUUUUCGGCCACCCCACUCUCUCAACAAGGAGAAUUCACUACAUUCAGUCCACUACACCAGCGCCACCAAAGUGAUCCUGGCCUGCACACAGCGUUUCUGGGAGCAAGAAGGCAUAUUCGGUGGCAAGUCUAGCACCGACCGCCCCGCCUGCUUUAUCCACUAUCCCAGUCACAUCUUCCCCAAUGGCACAGGUGUCAUCCUGGCUUCCUGUACUGUGCAUGAUGAUUCCAUGUUCUUUGCUGCCAUGGAUGAUGCCCAGGUGGUAGAUGUCAUCUUGGAUGACCCAGCUGCUGUCCAUGACCGCCCCAAAGAACAGCUCCGGCCCUGCCCCUCUUCCACGGUCAAGCACUGGAGCCAAGACCCCUAUUCCAUGGGAGCGUUCACCUCCUUCCCUCCCUACCAAUAUGUGGACUACGCACAGGAGCUCAGCCAUUCAGAAGGGCGGGUCCACUUUGCUGGUGAACACACAGCCCUGCCCCAUGGCUGGAUUGAUACAGCUAUCAAAUCAGGGCUCAGGGCAGCAAAGAGCAUCCAAGAGUCUGUGGAUUUGGCUUUGACAAAGGAUCCUGGGGACACAAAAAAGGCCUACUCCAAAAGUGAGCUAUAAUCAGCUUGUAGCACCUAAGAAUUGGGGUGAUUCCAAUCACCUUGAUCCAUAGGAAAACCCUCAAAACCUACUCUCUCAUUUUAUCUUCACCUUUGCCCAAAGAUGCCAAAUCAAGGCCAAUGAACGGAGUCCCUACAAUAUUUGACCA